UAUCCUGGGGCAUCAUCCGAUAACGCUCCAGCUUACUGUUUCGUCGCUUCUGUGCGUGACUGUCCAGUAAAGCUUCUGGAUGCUUCGGGUGGAAGGCUGAGGGCCUCAUACCCGAUUAUCGAUCAUCGUGAGAGGUUCAUCGCUUCUCACAGCCGACAAUUUCAUUUGUAUUUGAUAAUAAUCACCACGUGCAUCACGCACACCAAGAAUAUACUGCGAUCCGAAGAUGCCAUCGAGAACUUCGACGUACAACAACCUGGGGAGGGCGAUCGGCUCCCGACCACGCCCUCCAAGAAAAGCAAGCAUGACCUCAAAGGCAAGACGCUCAUAUCCAGCGUAGCUUUCUCUUCCUCCUACGACUAUUAUGCGAUCGGCAGCCUAACACCUUCCUCACAAGCGAUGGAUAGUAUUCUGAGUACAAUUAACCAGCUAUCAUACCUAUAUGAGGCAGAGAUUCUCAUUCCGGACUUAUCUUAUCCCUCACAGCUGAAUUUUAACCCAACAAAACCGCAUAUUCUGUAUGCCGCAUUUCGUCAACACAAUUAA